AUGGCGUAAUCAAGUCAAGCCGUCUUCGCAAGUUGUACUAAGAUUCUUAUGAUAAGAAAAAUUAUGAUUAAAAGAUAGGUGAUAAGCAAUUUUUAAACUUUGAUGAAUUUUUUGAAAUAAUGGCAAGCGAUAUCUUAGAAAAGAAAGAAAAAUAUAAAGAUAUUUAAUUCGAUUCUUAAGGAUAAGACAUAGGCUGUGUUUUUUGUCCUACUGCUGUUGAUACUAGAUAAUAGCAAAACACUUAUUGAAAUCAAACCUACUAGAAUCAUUCCUUAUAUAAACAAAUAAAUAAAUAAAUACACCUCUACAAUUUUCUCUCUUCUGCUUGAGUUUAAACUUAAAUAAAUGUCUUUCUUUAAAUUUUAAGGCAGUUCCUGUAAACGAAAGAACAAAUUAUCAAUCAAUUAACAAAAAAUCAAUUGUGCGCAUUUGUGA